AUGGCGGACGAGAAACGGACCUCGAUCGAGGAGCCCGGCACGCCGAUGAGCUACUCGACAGCGGCGUCGCCCGAGCUCCUGAGUUCGAGCAACAAUGCUUCAGCACUACCUGCCUAUCCCUCGUCUCAAACCAAGCAAGACAAGGAAAGCCUUUCGCACGAUCAGGCUGUUAGAGUCGAGCCUGAAUCCAGCACACCUUUGACGGACAGUGUUGAGGACAACGAAUCGGGCGCCAAGGUGAAGAAGGACUUGCAUUUUUGGAUCAUCUUCUCGGCCUUGAUGUUGAUCGCAUUUGUCGCUGCGCUUGACAUGACCAUGAUCAGUACCGCAUUACCUGCAAUCACGGCGAACCUGCCGCCGUCGACCAUCGCUGCCAACUGGAUAACGUCGGCAUUUUUGCUGCCCAUGGUGGCUUCGCAGCCCAUCUUCGGUGGUCUUUCAUGUUCGAUCGGUCGCAAAUGGUCGAUCAAUUCAGCACUCGUCAUCUUUCUGGUCGGCAGUGUAGUGUGCGCCACCGCCAAGACGUUCCUCGUGCUGGUCAUCGGUCGUGGUAUCCAGGGUCUAGGAGGCGGUGGAAUCCAUUCCAUGUGCGAGAUCAUCAUGUCGGAUCUGACCACGUUGCGCGAGCGCGGGCUGUUCUUCGGUGUGAUCGCGCUCGUCUUUGCCGUUGCUGGUUUUGCAGCUCCCGUGCUUGGUGGCGUUUUCAGCGAGCACUCUUGGCCGUGGAUCUUCUGGAUCAAUCUGCCGAUCGGUGCGAUCUCGUUGGUGCUGCUGAUCAUCUUCCUCAACAUCCGAGUGCCGCUGCUGACAGGCAAGGAAAAAUGGCAGAAGUUGGAUCUGGUAGGCAAUGCUGUGUUGUUUGGCUCGGUCACGGCGAUCCUGAUUGCUGUGACCGAGGGAGGCAUCAAGUAUCGCUGGUCGGCUUGGCAGAUUUGGGUGCCGCUCGUCGUGGGUCUACUGGGCAUAAUGCUCUUCCUCGUUAUUGAAUGGGUUCCGAACCGCAUCGCGCCCAAGCCUGUGUUCCCCUUGGACCUUUUCCGUAAUCGCACCGCCUCGGUUGCCUACGUGCAAACCUUUGUGCACGGCGUUAUCUUCUACGGCGUUAUCUACAUGGUCCCCAUCUACUUUCAGGCCAUCAAGGAUCGCACGCCGCUGCAAUCGGCGAUCUGGUCAUUCCCCUUGUCGGCACCGUCUUUCCCAUUCGCAAUGGGUGCAGGUGUCUUGAUCUCGAUCACGGGCAAAUACAAGCUGCUCAUCUUUUGUGGCUGGAUGCUCAUGGCUGCCGGUAUUGGAUGGAUGACACACUGGCACGUUGGCACGUCCAAAUUCGAGUGGGCCUUCUCGCAGGUGAUUUUGGGGGCCGGAUUGGGCAUCAUGUUUCCGAUCACGUUGCCACCCAUUCAAGCGGCGUUGCCGGCGUCGAGACUGGAAAGUGCCACUGCGGCAUACGCGUUCACACGUACGUUUGGUGCUGUAUGGGGCAUCACGGCGGCCACCACGAUCUUCUCUACGCAGGCAGCCAAGAACUUGCGACCCUACUACGAUCAACUCAACCCGCUAGGUCUUAGCGACUUUACAGUGGUGGCGUUCUCGGAACAACUUCGCAAUCUGCCACAGCCCAUCCAGGGUGUGGUCAAAGGUGUAUAUGCCGACGCGAUCUCAGAUUCGUACUGGCUGUUUGUUCCGCUCGCCAUCAUCGGCUUCUUCACCACGUUUGGUAUGAAGGAGCUCCCGUUGCCCGACUUUAUCAAGUCAGAGGCCAAGCUCGAGCAGAAGCAAGACGUCACUCCGGCGCUCAAGAGCAGCGCAGCACACGCUGUCGUGAAUGUAAAGACAGAAGUGCCUUCCACUUUGCCUUGA